AUGGAAGACGUUACUGAAAAUCCGAUAUCUAUUCGAAAGCGACGUAAUAUCUCAAAAAAUAGAGGACAAAGUGCGAGACAACGUGAAAAAACUCCUGAACCAGGGCGAACGUUUGCACCUCACGAAGAUACACCUACCUCGGAUGACGAAGAUCAUCCACAGAGGACCUCUCGUGAAAUUGAGGCUGAUAAUACUUACGAAGAAAUGAUACGUAUGGUUCAAGAAAAGGCUGGUGAAAAAGAUCCAGUCUAUGACUUAAAUUCUGAUGAAAUUCGAGAAGCUCGGGCUAUAGAAGCAAGUGAAAGAAGAAGAAGAAGUAUUUCACCAUUUGCUGUACCCGACAAAGAAGAAGGAGGCACUAACUUGCAGCGCAAGGAGUCAAUGAUAAAAGAUUCUAGAAGUUCCCUAUCUCCUCCAAGCACUGCAGGUACCUCACCAAUAGAAAAAGGGUUUCCCUUCCCAAUGCCUACUUCACCAAAAAAGCUCGAAGAAAUUAUUUAUCCCGAUGAAAAAACUGAUAAGAAACUGAUAAAUAGACCCAAGCCACCGCGAACAGAAGCUAAACCAGAAAUUAUACCGAAAGACAGAGAUGAAACAGUUGUGAAAAUAUCAACCUCGAUAAAAGGAUCUGAGUCACAGAUUCCAACAACUGGUGAGCUAGUAACUAGGGUCAUACAGGUGGAGAGAACACCAAGUAAAAAAUUAAAUCAAGACCAGAAACCUGUAGUAGAAGUAAGAGAAAGAGUCGUGAGAACGCCUAGUAAAAAACUGACAGCUGACGCUAAACCAACGGUAAUAAAACAAGUUAGGCCACCUGUUUCUGAUUCACAAAAUAAGGUGCCACCAGAAAAACCAGCAAGAAGCAAAUCAGCAUCACGUUUGGCGAAUAAAACCAGUGAGAGUGAGUUGAGUGAGGAUCAAUUUUAUCAUCAGAAUUUAAAUACAAGCGGAGCCAGACGAAAAAUAGUGCCAACGCCGAGGCGUUUUAUGAAAAAUAAAGCUCUUAGAGAUAACAGGUCUCGCUCAGUAAAUAGAGUAGAAGAUGUUAAAGUUAUAGAUAAAACCGGCACAGGAAUGAGCCAAACUAGUCUAGAAAUUUUAGAACUGAUGCAAAAAGCUCGAGCUAAAAGUUUGUCGAUUCCAAAAGACGAUCCUAGAUCGCCAUGUGAUUAUAACAACUAUAGCAGAACUCUCCAAACACCCAAUAAAACACCGGUUAAUUUAAGAAGAACAAGAGGAAUAUCAUGUCCAAAAACAAUUCAAAUAAUAAGUAAUCGAGAGAUUCUCUCAGGGCUUACAUCUCUUAGCCCAACUGAACCAGAAGUUAGGGGUAAAAAGCACAGUAGGCAAAGUUCGGGUUACAUCGAUGCUAGUCAAUCUGAAUACACAUCUAGUUGUUACUCCACAUCACCAAGUGAAAAUGAAUACGAAUUUGAUCUUUUAGAUAAAACUGCUGAAUUAACGAGAAAACUUAAUCAACUUAGUCAAAAAGUAGUUAAAGAGCAUGAUGUAUCUAUAAAAGUAGACUUAGAACAAGAUGAAAACGAACCGAAAUCUGUUUUAAGAAAACGAUCAUUAGUCAAUACUCAAAAAAAAUCAGAAUUACAUACAAAAGAAGAAAGUAUAGAAAAAACGAUAACUGAAAACGAUACUAAAAAAUGUGUGAAAAACAAACAAGAACCAAAAUUGUCGAGAUUUAAAUUUAUUAAUAAUUGGCGACAGUUUAAAUUGGAAUACCAUAAUGAUUGGCAGAGUUUAAUAAUUUUAAGAAAUAAGUGUAUUUGUGAUUUAUUAAUUCUGAUAAUAAUGUGUGGUUUGGGAGGAAUGAUGUUUAAAUCGUUAGAAGGAACGUUUGAGAACGCUUUCAAAUGCAACGCUAGGAAUGUUAAGCGUGAUUUUAUCGAGAAUCUAUGGCGCGGAAGUCAUUACCUUAGGGAAGAAGAUUGGAAGUCUAUGGCUAGAAAGAAGCUACAUGAAUUCGAGGAUCAAUUGCAUACCGCCCACGAAGCUGGAGUGACCUCAUACAGCGGCCAGAGAUCGUGGAAUUUCAUGAAUUCAUUUGUCUACUGUUUGACUUUAAUCACAACUAUUGGUUAUGGUCACAUAGCACCGAAGACGACGUACGGCCGCGUUGCGACUAUAGUCUACGCUAUAAUUGGCAUACCACUAUUCCUUAUUGUCUUAGCUGACUUCGGCAAACUGUUCACGAGGAUCAUAAAGUUCUUCUGGGCCUUUAUACGGCGCUUUUAUUACACCAGAAGUUGUAGACAAGUUCGAAGGACGGCGCCUGUUCAGGAAGUAAUGAAAGGCCUGAAUAUAGUUUACGACGUUGUCCGACGACCGUCUCAGAUAUUUUCCGAGGAGGACAUAGAGACAUCGACACAGGCACCACCAGCGAUUGAAAGAAAACCAAGCGAUGUCCCACCCCCGCUACCACCAAAACCAGGAAACCAAAAACCCCUAGAAGACGGUGAACCCGACACACCAGCCCCUUCUGUUUUUGAAAUAGACGAUGAAUUCAAUUUACCUAUAUCCGUAGCUAUAGUAAUUCUUAUUAUUUAUAUAAUUAUUGGAGCUGUAGGUUACAGUAUAUGGGAGACUUGGAACUUCUUUGAAUCAUUCUACUUUGUCUUUGUAUCUAUGUCCACUAUAGGUCUUGGAGAUUUAGUUCCAGAUCAUCCUAUGUUCAUGAUGGCUUCCAUUUUGUAUCUAGUUUUCGGUCUAGCCUUGACUUCCAUGUGUAUUAAUGUAGUACAAGUGAAAUUGUCCGAUACGUUUAAGCAAGCGAGUGCCAAAUUAGGAGCUACAAUUGGAUUGAAGGUUGCCGAGGAAGACGGUAGUCUGGUACCGAUAACACCACCACCCGUAGAGAUAGCUCCAGUACAUAAAGGUAUCAAGGACUCCGAUGAGAAUAAAAGUACGGAUGAUGCGAAAAACAGAUAA